AUGCCUCGAAAGGGAAACUCGGGCAAAAGGCCCAAACUGGACUGGAGGUUCGUGCAGAGGCUGUGCAGUAUCCAGAAGGUGCUGUUCCCCUCAUGGAGCAGUCAGAGUGUGCUCAUGUUUGGGACUCUGCUGGUGGUGACUCUCACAGAGCAGCUGAUUAUUUACCAGGUGGGCAUCCUCCCGAGCCGCUUCUACAAUGUUCUGGGAGACAAAGACUAUUCAGGCUUCAAGAGUUUAGUCUUGAAAGCCAUGGUUCUUAUUCUACUCAACUCUACAUUAAAAAGUAUAGACCAGUACAUCUGCAAUCUGAUGUAUUUGAGCUGGAGGAGGACGCUCACAGAAAGUCUCCACUCCUCCUAUUUCCAGGGACGGGUUUAUUAUACUCUCAAUGUUCUGCGAGAUGACAUAGACAAUCCGGAUCAGCGCAUUAGUCAGGACGCAGAGCGGCUGUGUAAGCAGAUGAGUACCAUGGCCAGUCGCCUCAUUGUGUCACCGUUCACCCUGGGAUACUACACAUACCACUGCUUUUACAGCACAGGUUGGAUGGGUCCAGUUAGUAUAUUCUGUUACUUUGUGAUUGGGACAAUUUCCAAUAAAACUCUCAUGGGCCCAAUUGUGUCAACGCUUUUUGAGCAAGAAAAACUGGAGGGAAACUUCCGAUUUAAGCACAUGCAGAUCCGAGUGAAUGCAGAGUCAGCGGCUUUUUACAGAGCCGGCAAAGUGGAGCACAUGAGAACAGAUCGAAGGCUGCAGACUCUGCUACAGACACAGAGAAGUUUGAUCAACAAAGAACUCUGGCUUUAUAUUGGAGUGAACACCUUUGAUUAUCUCGGAGGCUUCCUCAGCUACAUCAUAAUCGCCAUCCCGAUCUUCACUGGCGUUUACGACGGCCUGACCCCCGGAGAGCUCAGCGCACUCAUAAGCAAAAACGCCUUCGUGUGCAUCUACUUGAUAAAUGGCUUCACGCAGCUAAUAGACUUGUCAACCACUCUGUCGGACGUGGCGGGAUACACCCACAGGGUUGGGGAGCUGCGAGAAGUCAUGCACGACAUCCUCCAAAAACAGUGCGAUUACGACCCCACGUCAGGAGAGAGCUACGACUUUGACAGCGACUUCCAUGUCCACGCCGGCCCAGUAGACACCGCCUUCAUCCUGGACCAUGUGUCUUACAAGUCUCCAGACUCAGAGGAGCUGCUGGUGGAAGAUCUCAGUCUGAAGAUCACAGAGGACACACAUCUGCUGGUGGUGGGCAAUACAGGAACGGGGAAAACCUCUCUGCUGCGAGUCCUGAACCGGCUGUGGGAGGCCGACGGAGGUUUUGUCCAGAUGACCACAUGUUUCGGGCCCAGAGGAACACUUUUUCUGCCACAGAAGCCAUUCCUGACUGAUGGAACACUGCGGGAACAGGUGAUCUACCCUCUGAAAGACAUCUACCCUGCAUCAGGGUCAGUGGACGAUGACCGAAUAAUGAAAUUCCUAGAACUGGCAGGAGCGUCGAGUCUGGUGAAGAGAACAGGAGGACUGGAUGAGAAGGUGGAGUGGAACUGGUACGAUGUUCUGUCUCCGGGCGAAAUGCAACGUCUUAGCUUCGCACGGCUCUUCUACUUACAGCCAAAAUAUGCAAUUUUGGAUGAAGCCACGAGUGCUCUGACAGAAGAGGCGGAGGCUCAGCUUUAUCGGACGUGUAAACAACUGGGCAUGACGCUGGUCAGUCUGGGACACCGCAGCAGCCUGGAAAAGUAUCACGAUGUCCAACUAAAGCUGUGUGGAGGCGGCCGCUGGGAGUUGACAGAUCUGAGAACGGUUUCAGAGGCAUUUUGA